AUGAGGCUUUUGGUGGUCUCGAUGAUCCUUGGUUUCAGAGCCUUCUGUAAGUCAGAAGAUUCUUCUGCAAAGUCCACAGACAGCAUCUUCAAGAAGUUUCUGGAGGUUGCUGUGAAGGACGAGCACAAAAGGCUCCUGCCCAGUAAGGACAGGAACCAUGGAAUGCCCCAUACUCAAGGCCCAAGUCAUCCUGCCCAAAGAAAAAAGACAGUGAUAGUUUUGGAGGAAGAUUCUGAAAAGAAAAGUAUGAUCUUGAAUCCAAAGAUGGGGCAGAAACUAGAAAGCAUCUCUGAUGAAGUUGAGAAGAAGAAUACGGCGUCUACAAGCCACAAGCCUUUAAAAACAGCUUCUGAAGACACUCCAAAACCUGAAAUCCAGCCAGACCUUACUUUUGAAACCCCUAUAUCUGCGUCGUUCCUCCUUAAACCGCUGGAACCGAAAAAGGAGAUAGCCCUCACUCAGGCUGAAGUAAAAGAGAUAAAAGAAGGAUUAAAGGCUUUGGACAAGAUUUCAAAGGAUCUGGAGUCGUUGAAAGCCAGGUUCCAAUCUGUAUCCAAGAGAAUCCUGGGGUCUGAAAAAGAGGAAAAGGGAGCAAAGCCUCCCACAGACCUUCUGAACUACAACUUCAUAGAAGUCACAGAGACAGGGCAACCAGAAAAGAAAUGA